GUGCUCGUACAGUAAAUAUUUGUGUUUGCUCAGCCGGCUGUAAUGGUGGAUGGACUGAGAGCGAGACAGUAAGACGAAUCUACCGAGACCGAGUGCUAGAUUCAACACUAAAACAACGCAAGAACGUAAAGACUCCGGCAAACAACAUGGACGAGCUGAAACAUCAAGUAAUGAUAAACCAGUUCGUGCUGACAGCGGGCUGCGCGGCGGACCAGGCGAAACAGCUUCUGCAAGCGGCACACUGGCAGUUCGAGACGGCGCUAAGUGCCUUUUUUCAAGAAACCAAUAUUCCGUACAGCCACCACCACCAAAUGAUGUGCACUCCGGCGAACACUCCUGCAACCCCCCCGAACUUCCCCGACGCACUCACCAUGUUCUCCCGCCUCAAGGCGUCCGAGAGCUUCAACAGCAGCAGUCCCGUAGCCUCGAUGGCCACCUCCCCUCCCCCGCAGGUCAGCUGGGGGGUGACUCCCCCUGCUCCCAGCCAACACGGAUUGUGGACCCAGGGGCAGCCCCCGUCACAGGCGCCCCCCCCAGGUUGGCCCUCUGCCGUCACCCAGCAAGCAUCGGCUGAACAGAAGGCCACCGUGGUCAUGGAGGCGGAGAGAUGAGGGUCUGGACAUGAGAGUCGCACACUAAUGGGGUGUGUGUUGGGGGGGGGGUUUGAAAGGGAGGGGGGUGGGGCAGAUGGGUGCGCCUUUCUCUUUUACUGAAAAACAACGGAGGAAGAGGGGCACAGGCCACGAAAGUGAGAGCCAACCAAUGUGGACUAUUAAAGGGCGAGACCCUCACAGCUAAUAAAAGAAAAAACGAGAACGCACACAAUGUACCAUUCAAAACUGCAGUGGAUUUUUUUUUUCUUUUUUUGCUUUUUUUUAAGUUUCUUUUUUCCUCAAAAGCAUCAUGAAAAAAUAAAAGGUAUGGAAUUGCAAAGGACUUGCGUCGAACUUACGUCCUCAUGCCCAGGAAUAUUUCUAGAAUUUUCUGUUGGAUGUGUCUAUGGACUUGUUUGGCAGCAUCUUUCCCCCUACCUGUCGAUUUCAUUGCUAACUGGAUCAGGUGUCUGUGCUGAACUUCAGGCCUGUGGUACCAGUGUUUGCACUGCAUGAAGAGUGGCAAUCCGUCAUCGCAGUCCCCCCACCACCACCACCACCUUGCUCCCCCACCUUUUUUCCUUUUUUCUCUUUCUUUUCAUUCUUCAUGGCAGUAUCUGUGUAUGGUGUGUAAAUACUAUCUGCAUAUGCACACACUCAAGUGAACAGAAGCAACCUGGAGACAUUUUCCACCCCACUGGAUGCUGGGAAGCUGCUUACCUCUGCAGUCACCAGACUUUAUCAGUCAAUCAGGGAUCUCAACUGCCGAUAAGGACACUUUUAUCAAGCUGGGCUCAAAUAAAUACAUCUGCUUUGGUCUUAUCUAUUGAUAAGACAGUUAAUAGGCUUUAUUUCCUUAAGGGAUGUAAUAGCGAGGAUAUGAACAUGAACUGAAAAACUCAUUUCCUGCAGAGAUUUGUGUUUGUAAGUCAUGCUUUCUUAUUUUACAUUAUUUGGGGCAUUUACGGUUUUAUUUUUGCUUUGGGGAAGGGCAAAUCAAGCAACACAGAGCUACAAAAAAAAGACUACUGUUAAAAUGUUUUUAAGCAAACGUACCUUUUUGCAUGAUAUGUUUAGAUGUUUACCACCUUUUCGUAGGAAACCCGCAUUUAACGAAAGAUGUUUGCUUUGGGGAAAAUUUACAUUGAUUUAAUUUCUUCUCCGGUUUGUAUUACUUUUAGAGUAUUCGAGUUCCUUGCAGGUUAACCAUUUUGCUCCUGAAGUGAGGGAAAUGUGUUGGAGGGAGAUGAGCGAAGAAGAUACGCAAAUUCAGGGUAGGAUUCAUCACUUGUUUUAGAAUAUGAAAACUUCAAAAAAAAAGUGUUAAAUGUCUAAUUUUUUUUUCUUUAAAGGCAAAAUAUAAUGAACAAUUUGAAAUAAGCAACAUUAUUGUCCCUUUGAUUUGAUUUCUUUUUAACAUAGUUUUUCUAAUUGAAAUUUAGGGUUGAU